AUGCUGUUGAAUUCAAAAAUAAGGAAUUUGAAAAUGGUUGUAAACGAAUUUAUAUAUACUUACAUUAGUCCCUUCACGGCUGCUGUGAUUAUCACGUUAAAUGUAUUGGAAGUGUUCAUUAUUACAAACAGUGGUAAUUUAAAGAAAAAAACUUGUUCCAUAUUGUUUAUUUUCAACCUAACAUUAUCCGACAUUUUGGUCGGGUUUAGUAUUGGUUUAGUGAAGGUGCUGCAUUACAUCCGCACAACUCACUAUCCCCACAAUGAUGAUUUGCAGAAAGGGAUCGAUAUUAUUCAGUUUUAUUUACUUAGGUUAUCACUCUUUGCAUCUGUUUUUAAUCUGAUGACGAUGACUUUGAUGCGCUGGUUGGCAGUGAAGAAGCCGUCCAUGUAUAGAACUAUACUAAGCAGACAUACGAUCAGAAUGUGUAUUCUGGUAUGGCUCCUGUCUAUCGCAAUUGUUACCGUAACAUAUUGUGCAUUAAUGUUCAAUUUGAAUUCUGAGAAGUUCGAUCAAUUUGAAAUGUUGUUGUUCGCAGUCAUUGUUUAUCCUGCUACAACCUUAUUCUUUUUUUCCUACUACUCAAUACUGAGAAAUGUUAAGGAGCGGCAUGAACGCUUAGGAUCUUAUGCGAGUUCCAUCCACGACGAUGGCAAUGCUGUUUGUAAAUAUGACUCUGUGAAGGAUACCAUAACAACACGUGUCUCUUGUCCAACUGCAAGAGGCUCGUCGUCUGAGUUUGAACUGCGCCUUUUUAAGAUUGCCUUAAGAGCUGUUAUCGUGUUUAUUAUUUGCUGGUUUCCAAUAGCAACAUACAGCAUAGUUAAGGCUACUGGUGUUUUCCUUGACUGGGACAAUAUGAGAGACUUAGAAUAUUGCCUGUUUACACUUGCUUUUAUUAAUUCUAUUAUAAAUCCCCUACUCUAUUUUUCGUCGAUGAGAAAAACGAAAAAGAGAAAAGACUUGAACAAUUGUUUACAAGUUUCCACCAUCGCAGACCUGUCCACUACGAAGAAUCGAACAGAAAGCACGUUUAGUAUUCAAAGUAGAAUUUGACCGAAAAAAAAAUAUUUGUAAAACGACUAUUUAUAUUUCCGUGAAAUAUAUGCUUCUAUGAA